CUAAGCGACAAGUCUUAAGUACCCUAUUGGAUUUACACGGAAGUGAUCGACAAGUAUAAACAAGUUGGUGGAGAACUAUUUUCAUUUCACAACAAGAGCACGGGUAAGCCUAGUUGUGCCGGCGAUAUCUUCCUGCCCCGAAGACAACUUCUAGAGGAAAUAGUUGUAAAACUACGGAGUAAUAUAUCUAAUGACACUGAAACGCUAUAACCGGUUCGGAUACCAAACGCUUGUUUACAUAGUGUGGCCUGGAACUUCGCAUGACGACAGGUUUAUGCAAAACACAAAAUCUCCUUAUUUGAAAUUGGUGGCGGAGGAAAACGUUGUAUGGAACAUUUAUGCAAUUUGUCUAUAUAUCAACAAGCCAGCCAAUAUGAUGCGAUGCAGAGCCUUCAGUAUCACCGUGUUUGUCACACUGUUUGGCAGUGUCUUCACGAUGGACAUGCCACCCCCACGGCUGGGCAAUUGGAACCGUGCACCAGUCACACUCAUCGACAACGGCUAUACAGGUCUGGUUGUAGCCAUUGCUGAUAGCGUGCCUGAAGAUCCUAAACUCAUUGACGACAUUAAGGCAGUUUUCAAAGAGGCAUCCGCAGUUUUAUACCAGGCAACAGAUCACCGAGCCUACAUCCGAGAGAUGACAAUUCUUGUCCCGCAGACCUGGGGAUUCCGCCCGGCCUACAUGCCCGGUUUUAUAGAGAGCUUCCGCACCGCCAAUAUUGUCCUAAACACGGCAAGCGGUACCGAUAUUCCGGCCCAGCCCUUCGUCAAACAGCCCGGGAGCUGCGGGGAGGAAGGGGCGUAUCUUCACAUGACCAGUGAGGUGUUCUCCGGAGGUAUGGAAGAGGCCUUGGGGAAUCUCUCUCGAGCCAUAGUACACGAAUGGGGUCAUCUGCGAUGGGGUCUCUACGAUGAAUACCCCUCCGGACCAGAUGAUCAUUUCUACAUAUCAAGUACGGGCUCCGUGGAGCCAACCAGGUGCUCCAAGGCAGUCACCGGGGACAUCGUGCAGUAUUCCCGGCGGGAGAAUGAGGGUGAAACUAAACACGAUGCCACUGGGCAAAUUCAGUGCGACGUCGGCGGGGAGAGUACCGGCCGUCUGCCGGGACCGAAGUGUAGAUUUCAACCGCAUCUUGAGCAACUGCGAGGUGCAACAGGAUCACUGAUGUACGCUCAUUUCACCAACGAGAUAAUAGGGUUUUGCCAUAGCAACUCCGAUGGUGACCCGGGGUCACUGCACAACACCGAAGCCCCAUCUCGGCACAACAUUCUAUGCAAUGGACGCAGCGCCUGGGACGUCAUGCUGACGUCACCAGACUUUGUAAAUGGCGCAAACCUACCACGAGAGGUCGUCAACACCGAGCCACAAAUCAGUGUGAAGAGGCUGUUCAAGAAACGGGCUGUGUUUGUUCUGGAUACAUCAAGCAGUAUGAAUAAUAAUAGCAAAUUCGAGAGACUCGUCCGUGCUUGCCGUUACUACAUCAACACCGUCUUACCAAAAGGCACCUGGGUUUCACUCAUUCAAUUUAACUCUACAGCGUCCGUCUUAGCGCCACUCACAGAGAUCAGAUUCCAAAGUAGUCGCCAGAGUUUGGUGGACAGGCUACCAACAAUGGCCAGAGGAAAUGCAAGUAUCGGUGCCGGUCUGCUCAAGUCAUUAGAGGUCCUGUCGACCAACGGCGACUCUCCACAAGGAAGCAUCAUUUUCGUUUUAAGCGACGGUCUAGAAGACACCCCGCCCUUUCUGAACGACACCAUGAAUUACGUCACAGCCACAGGCGCCGUCUUGAAAGCCAUGGCAUACAGCCGGGAGGUAUCAGACAACCUCCAUCUGCCGAACGACAACGGGGGAGAAGGAUUUGUCAAGUCCUUCACUGAUGACGAAACUACUGAGGAGCCACCGAGGAAACUGGAGGACGAAGAAUACCUCGACACGGACAAGUUUGUAACGAUUGCUAGACGUGAAGAGCUCUUACUUGGUAAUGCCACGGGUCCGAGCCAUGUCUACAUUGACAGCAGCGCUGGAAACGAAACAGUGUUCCGAUUUACGUGGGAAAAGGGCGAGGCGAAAGCUCUGCUACGGGGGCCCAGCGGAGCCAUCUUACAAUCUUCCGAGUACAUCAUGGAUACUGACAUGGAGUCUAAAGUUGUGGAGAUUAGGAUUAUGGGAAGGGCAGAGCCUGGUGAGUGGAGCUAUGGUUUAUGGAACAUGCACAACGAAUCACAGACUAUGCAAGUACAUGUAUAUUCACGCCAAUCGGAUCCUGACGUACCACUGUUACGAGCCAGUGCCAUCAUCCGACAAAACCAGGUAAACUUCACUGAGAACCAAAGGGUUGUGAUCUAUGGGGACGUGAAGCAGGGAGAGCUGCCUAUCAUAAACGCAACGGUGAGGGCGCUAGUACAACUACCCAAUACAUCGAGAGUGGUCAGUGUAGAGCUGUUUGAUCGAGGAACAGGAGCGGAUACAACAAGGGAUGAUGGGAUAUACUCAGCAAACUUUAUGGAUUUCGUCGGUGAUGGCGUUUACAAGGUCACGCUUCAGGUCAAAAAUGAGGUCAUGGGUCAAGCCAAGAAAGUGACGUUUCCUCAGGCAAUAAGUGGAGUGAUGUCGCCAAACUGGAAUAACACAGAGGAGCCUAUCCUGAUUGAAGUCGACCCCUUCAUGAGGGUGACAUCCCCCUCAGAGUUCACCAUCGUGUCGUCCCCGUCAGCCGACGAGAUGAACGGGGACAUCUUCCCUCCAUCCAGGGUGACUGAUCUAAGAGUAUGCUCGGUGUCCAAAGCCAGGGGCAUCCUGACAUUGCAAUGGACAGCCCCUGGGGACGAUUUGGACAAAGGAACUGUCGCAAUGUAUGAUCUCAGACGUGGUGAAAACAUUUCUGCCAUACUGUCGGACUUCUACAGUGGUCAUAGAGUCAAUGCCGAAGAAGACAUUUAUGGUGACCUUUUAGAGCCACAGGGAGGUGGAAACCGGCAGACCGUCAGCUUAAGAAUUCACACCUUGGAGUCCGCAGAGGCUGGUCUCAAGUUGUUCUAUGUGUUCCGUAUCCAAGGCAUCGACAAGAUGGAACAAAAAGGAGACCCAUCCAACAUCGCGACUAUCAUGAUCGACUACGGAGCUAGUGUUACUACGCCCUCUAUCGACAAAACGACACCGCCUUCAUCCAAAACGAUGCCAUCCACUAAGAUGGUAUCUCCAGUUACCAAAGCGCCAGCUGAUUCGUCAAAUACGAAUAAGUUUUUUGAGACCCUUGGUAGGAACAUGUUGAUCGUGAUCUGUGUGUGUGUGUCGUGCAUGAUAUUUUCCCUCGUGGUGUUGAUGUUUGUGUGCACAACGAGGAUAAGAUCAAGGAAAAAGGACGAGAAUUGCCUCAGUGUGUCUUACUCGAAAGCCCGCUCAGCACGAAGGGUUAGCUCUGCAUGGGUUCUGGAAGAAAUAUGAGCUGAUAAACCUUUCGGUUUAAAGCCCUGCAAGAAGAGACACUGUCAGCAAACGCUAUGAUGUUUUAAUAACUCCUUUGUCUUAACCAAAUCAUACACACUGGUCAGCUCGUCAUUAUCUGCGCACACGUCAAUAAUCAGUGUUAAUAAUUAACAAGUGUCAAUGACUUGGCUAAAGGAACACGUUGCCUUGGAUCGGUCGAGUUGGUCUUUGAAAAGCGUUUGUAAUAAAAUGCAUAUAGG